CUCACCUUUUACGGUGAAAAGAUUGUCUUGGAACCACACAAAGCCUGUUGUAUUGCGCAACGUUGUGGGCUCUUGCCUUUUUAAAUUUGCACUAACAGCAUGACAUCAUGACAUCAUGAAGAAGUACUCUUACGUCGCACAUGAUCGUAGCAAUGCUUGUGACCAGAAAAGCAAUAUUUCAAAUCCAUCUGCUUGACCCUUCAAGGAUCAGCUUCUUUGCGGUCGCCUACAGAACGCUGUAGUCCUGAUGGAGAAUUUCACUACCUUGCAAGUCCACGAAAGACCGGUUGUCGUCAUGGACAAUGGGUCAGGCUACACCAAGAUGGGAUUUCAUGGAAAUGCUUUGCCAAAUUUCGUCAUACCCACGGCCAUCAGCUUUGGUGGCUCAGAGAGGAGGGCAGCAGGCCCAGUAUCCUGCUCAGAUGACAGCCAGGUCUACAUUGGUGAUGAAGCCUUGUCACAACACGAUCACAGCGUCCACUAUCCCAUUCGCCAUGGUGUGGUGAAAUGCUGGGAUCACAUGGAGCGUUUCUGGCAGCAGAGCAUCCACAGGUACUUGAGGGUCAACAGUGAGGAUCACAAUUUCAUCCUGACAGAGCCACCCAUGAACCCUCCAGAGAAUAGGGAGACGGCCGCAGAGAUCAUGUUUGAGACCUUCAACGUGCCCGGACUCUGCAUCGGUGUCCAGGCUGUGCUCUCGCUGUAUGCAGCAUUCGCAGUCGCCGAGAAGGGAAGCAAGACACAUCGGUCCUCCCUGACCGGCUGUGUGAUAGACAUCGGGGACGGCUGCACGCACAUCAUACCAGUCUCAGACGGCUAUGUGAUUGCCUCUGCCAUCAAAUCUGUCCCCAUUGCUGGCCGAGAUGUGACCUCCUUCGUGCAGCAGCUGAUGAGGGACCGGAAGGAGCCUGUGCCUGUUGACAUGUCCAUGGAUGUUGCGCGGCGCAUCAAGGAGACUCUCUGCUACACUGCGUCCGAUGUUGUCAAGGAGUUUGCAAAGCACGACGCGCAUCCCGACAAGCACAGCAGGGUGUACACCUGCGCAGACCCUCGCACUGGCGCCGAGCAUGCAUGCAACGUCCGCCAUGAGGCGUUCCUGGCCCCAGAAGUCUUCUUCCGCCCAGACUUCAUCUCGGACGAGUACACCACCCCGCUCCCGCAGCUGGUGGACAGGGUGAUCCAAAGCUGCCCAAUCGACACGAGGAGAGCUCUGUACGGCAACAUAGUGCUCAGCGGGGGCUCCACGAUGUUCAAGGACUUUGGGCGGCGGCUGCAGCGGGACCUGCAGAAGGCAGUAGCUGCGCGGCAGCCGUUGGGCGGCCGGCCGGUGGAUGUGCGCGUGGCCGGCGCGCAGCGAUUUGGCGUCUGGUUUGGCGGCUCCGUGCUGGGCAUGAUGCCGCAUUUUGGCAGCAUGUGCUGCAGCCGCGCCGAGUACCAGGAGCGCGGCUUCCGCGCCAGCGUCGCGAACAACGACGGCGCCGCCUGAGUCUAGCGCAAGCCUGCCAUUUUAUAUUUACGAAUGCACUUAUUCAUGGACUUGAGGAUUUCUGACUUUCUGACGUUGAGAGUGUUGCAUGCAACGACGGAGCCGCCUGAGAGUCCUGCGGAACUGCCGCCUCUGUUCUCGCAAAGGGCUAGUCAAAAGGGCUCGGAUGAGAGACCAGUUCGAAGAAGAACAAACAGGAUCAAUCAACUUUAUCGUGUUGUUGGGAGACUUGCCACGCAGAAAAGUCCUGCCAUAAGCAGCGCACAUGAAUUGAGGAGAAUAUUGGCUGGCUCUGGUCAAUGAGUAAAUGAGCUUGGGGAAUU